CGCCAACGCGCGUCUCCUAAUCUCAAUCAACAUGAACGCGUUGGAGCGACUUAUCUAUCAUGAGAAGCAAGAGGAGGGAUCGAUGAUGUGCGCCCAACAUGCUCUCAAUGCGCUUUUGCAAAACAGCUAUUUUUCUGCCUCCGAUUUGGGCGAACUGGCACGUAGUCUUGAUGAGUUGGAGAACGAAUAUCGGAGUGGCGAAUCACGUCGGACACAGAGCUCGAAUAUGGAUGAUACAGGUUAUUUCUCUGUUCAAGUCCUUGACAAAGCUUUGGAAGUAUGGGGUUUGUCGCUCGUAAGAUGGAGAAGCCGGGAGUUUGACGGGUGCCGUGAUGACCCAGACACACAACAGGCAUUUGUCCUCAACCUCAACCAGCACUGGUUCACAAUUCGACGAUUUGGGCUUCCUGAGUCUACGGGACACUGGUAUAACCUUAAUUCUUCCUUUGCCCAGCCUCAGCGAGUCGGAGUUAUGUAUCUGGGGAUGGUCUUACAUCAAGCAGAGACCGAAGGUAUCAGUAUUUGUGCUGUUACAGGUAACCACACAGCUGAAAAUCCAUUAAUACCGUUGUGUGAGGCAGAUGGGAUUGCUAGCACUAUCCCGGACCCCCAGUCUCACUUCUCCUCGGCAUCCCGUUCCUCCGUGCAGCCUGAGCCAUUUGACACGGCGGGAUUUGAGGGAGAAGAUAUCGAGCUCCAGCGCGCGUUGCAGGCCUCUCUAGAAAACACUCGCCGCGAAAUUCGGUACCCAGCAGAAGUUUCAUACAGUGAACCAGCCUCCUCGAGUCGAUCGUUCUCCGAGUUUGCUGAGAGUGCUCGAAGAGGCUUCGCUGGUGUCGCCUCAGCAUCGAAGGAUAGCUCGCGGGAACUUCAUUUAUCGGCUGCUCGUUCACGGACCUUGUUAGAAAGGGCCACACUGGAUCAACAACUAGCUUUCGAGGCGCAAGCCACUCCUAGAAGCUCUUCACGCGUGAGAAGUCGGGCGGAUGAGCAUGAGGACGAAGAAUUCCGAAAGGCGGUGGAGGAAAGUUUGAGGGAGCCUGGAGCACAAUUGGAAGAGGAAGAUGAACAGGCGUAUAUCGAUAUCACCGGAGAGGACGAGGACGAGGACGAUGCCGACUACGUAGACGCUGAAGACGGUACGCCUCCACGACAGGACAUUCCGAUUGUUCAACGAAGUACCCGUUCCACCCUCCGUCAAUACGGCGCAACCACUGAACCUCCCAGCUCCCUACUCGGCUUUGGUCCACAAUCUGCCCCAUCGGUUAGCGAAGUGACCAACAGGGUCAUUGAUGAUGAAGAUGCUGAGCUUCAGGCUGCUCUCAAGGCUAGUCUCGAGGAUCUUCCCCAAAGGCUUCAAAUCCCUGAACCCCCAAAGCGCACAUUGGUUCAUUCAUCCAAUUUCGGACUGUCCUUCGGUAGGGGGCCUGGUGCAGGCCUUGACGAGAGUGAAGGCGAAGAUGAGGAUGAGGGUGAAGGUGAAGGUGAAGGUGGGAAGUUGAGGGAGGAAUCUUCGGAUGCCAAACAGUUGAGUGUCGAGGAAAUCCGACGCCGCCGUCUGGCGCGCUUUGGGUAG